AUUAAUUCUGACGUUAUAUUUUAGGUUUCUGAAGCUAUUUCGCACGAUAUUCAUUAUCUUGUAUUUCACUUUCUAAUCGUAGUUGAUAUGUUUGUAUAUGUGUUUUUAUUUAACUAUGCUGGACAAGAAUUUAUGGAUCAUAAUGACCACAUAUUUUCCACUGCAUACAAUGUUCGGUGGUAUGUAACACCAUUACACGUACAGAAGCUAAUAUUAUUUCUCUUGCAAAGGGGUAACAAGACUGUCAGUCUUAAUUUUGGCAUAAUGUUCGUGUUGUCCUUAGAAUUAUUUGCAGCGUUAACGAAGGCAUCGAUAUCUUAUUUUACCGUUAUGUGUUCGAUGCAAUAGCGAACAUUUUUGAUCCAACGACUGCAGUUGUAUAAACGUAUUGCAAUUUCGCACUCAGAGAAAAAAAUCUUUGUUAUGGCAACUUUAAGGUGACAAC